AGUUUAUAUCCUAAUAAAACUUGCAUAUUAAUGCAGCGCAAAUAAAGUGGCUAAUAAAGCUGCGGUCCACUUUUUAAAACUAACAAACAAAAUUAGUAUGUUUGCACUUAAAACCUUUGUUAAACUAUUUCGAAUAUAAAAAUAUUAAACCAAUGACAAAUAUCACAAGGUUUAUAUUUGGAAAAGAAUUAUUGCUUUUUCAUAGAAUUUUGUUAAAAUGUUUUUUAACAAGUUUUUAAUUAUUUAAUAGGCUUGAGUGAUCUAGAUAUUGUUAAACUAUAUAAAUGUAGUCAUAAAAUGAUUUUCCGGUCUGAUACAAAUUUCGUGCCAAGUUUUUGGUUACUUAAUCAUUCGGUUUGGUUUGCCUAUAUAAAUAUAAAGAGCGCCAUUAACUUAAGCCAUGUACUUAACUUAGCAUUAGCGAAAUGUUUCCCCGGUGUUUGCUUGGCGGAGUUUGGUUGUUGGUUCUGCUGAUCAGUGGGUGUAAUGCGCGCAAGUGGGACUAUGAACCCUUAGCGAUAUCCGGAACCUCUUCGGAUGUCAAACUAAUAAAAAUUGAGCCCAAAAUUGAACGCAUUGGACGCGGGGAAUUCGCGGUUUCCGGAAUGAUCGAAUGGAACUUCGAAACUACCAACGAAACCAUGUUGGAGGCUUUUGUAUACCGAAGUCAAACGGGAGAAGAGAACGAUUACAAAGUGCUCCCUUGGGCAAUUCCCAAACAAACCCUUUACGAAUUCAUGGACACCUUCUACAAGGACGUGACGAUGAAAAACAUCAAGCACUGUUCAAAUUGUCCACAGUUCACAGAAAAAUUCCAACCGCCAUUACCAAAAAAAACAUAUGUCGGCGACAAAUGCGUGAUCGACGGCGAUGGACUUCCGGAUAUCAUUCCUCCCGGAUAUUAUAAAAUCAUAGUUAAGGGCUUUGGACCAAACCAGCCGACAUGGGGCGGUACUGGAAUUUUUAAAAUAACAACAAAAAUGUUUUAAAAAUCCAAGAUGUUCAGAAGAAAAAUAAGAUAAAUAAAAAAUAAAUUGUGGUUUAUGUUAAUUAAGAAAAUAAAUGUCAAAUACGAAAAUAACAACUCUUUUUUUAAUCGAUUAAUAAAAGUUCCAAAAAGUACUUCAAUAAUACUUUAGUUUUAGACUCCACAAAAUAUUUGAGACCGUUAUGAACGAUUAUUUUAAUGCCAUAAAUUUAUUUUUUUAGCAGGAAGGUUAGAAAUAGA